GGCCGGCUGUCGGCGCGCACCCGCUCCCGGCCCAGUCCAGCCCCGCGCCGAGGCCGCUGCCUGCCCCGCGGGGCCCGACGCCAGCCUCCGGGCAGCGGCUUCAGGGCCGGCCCGCGCGUGCGCCGGGGAGUCGCGCGCCACUGUGCCCAGCGGGGACCGAGAUCGGCCGCGCCCUAGGCGCCUGGAACCCCGAGGCGCCCGGCAGAGUCCGACGGACCCGCGGCCGCGAUGCCAGACGAGCUGACGGAGCCGGGGCGCGCCACGCCAGCCCGCGCCUCCUCCUUCCUCAUCGAGAACCUGCUGGCGGCCGAGGCCAAGGGCGGCGGGCGCACAGCCCAGGGCAGCAGCGGCCGCGAGGACGAGGAGGAGGACGACGACGACCCGGAGGACGAGGACGCCGAGCAGGCGCGGCGGCGGCGGCUGCAGCGGCGGAGACAGCUGCGCGCCGGCGCAGGGCCGGGCGGGGAGGCGCGGGCCCGGGCGCUGCUGGGCCCCGGCGCGCUGGGCCUCGGCCCCCGGCCGCCCCCCGGUCCCGGGCCGCCCUACGCUCUGGGCUGCGGCGGCGCGACGCGCUGGUACUCGCGGUCACACGGAGGCUACGGAGGCGGCCUCAGUCCUGACACCAGCGACCGGGACUCACCGGAGACGGGCGAGGAGAUGGGCCGUGCCGAGGGCGCCUGGCCCCGGGGCUCCGGGCCGGGAGCGGUGCAGCGGGAGGCGGCGGAGCUGGCGGCGCGGGGCCCGGCGGCCGGCGCGGAGGAGGCGGCGGAGCUGGCCGAGGCCCCGGCGGCGGCGGCGGCGGCCGGGGAGGCGCGCGGCGGCGGCGGCGGCGGCCGCAAGAAGAAGACGCGCACGGUUUUCUCGCGCAGCCAGGUCUUCCAGCUCGAGUCCACCUUCGACCUGAAGCGCUACCUGAGCAGCGCCGAGCGCGCCGGCCUGGCCGCCUCCCUGCAGCUCACCGAGACGCAGGUCAAGAUCUGGUUCCAGAACCGCCGCAACAAGUGGAAGCGGCAGCUGGCGGCCGAGCUGGAGGCGGCCAGCCUGUCCCCGCCGGGCGCGCAGCGCCUGGUCCGCGUGCCGGUGCUCUACCACGAAAGCCCCCCGGCCGCCGCCGCCGCCGGGGCCCCCGCCGCGCUGCCCUUCCCGCUGGCGCCCGCCGCGCCCGCGCCGCCCCCGCCGCUGCUCGGCUUCUCCGGGGCCCUCGCCUACCCGCUGGCCGCCUUCCCGGCCGCCGCCUCCGUGCCCUUCCUGCGGGCGCAGAUGCCCGGCCUGGUGUGAGCCCUCGGCCCGCCGGGCCCACUCCCCGUGGCCGCUGGGGACGUCUGCGGACGCGCCGACGGGCCGUGG